CUGCAGCUCCAAGGCAAUGUCCAUAUGCCAACUCAACUGGUUAAGAUCAUUAAGAGGAUCUUUUUUAGUCUUGACAUUCCUGUGGGAGCACCAAGAAUGAUUUUUUUGGCUGAUGAAUUUCUGUUGCUGAGCAUUGUUUUUGCGGUUUUACCUCAUUCAAAUGUUGGAUUACUAUCUGACUAUAAGAUCUGUGGAGAUAAAGAAUGUGAAAGCUUAAUGAGCAGGGUGCGAGCUGUCAGGGAUCACCAUGGCAAGGACUGUCGUUUCUUGAACUUCCGACUAGGAGACUCAAUUUCAGUUUACCACAAGCUGACUGGAAAGUGGAGUGAUAUCUGGGCAGGCAGUAUUCACAAACAGUUUGGUUAUUUUUCAAAAGAAGAUGUGAAAGAGGAACAGGCAUUUACAAAACAGGAGAUAAGAGUUGAAACACAGGAAUCUGAUUUUCUUUGUAUGGAUGAGUUUGGCUACCCCAUUGACUCCAGUCAUUUGGAUACUAAUGAUGAGGACUCUGAUCUGAAGAGUCCACCCAAGGAAGCUGGAAGUCAAACAAUUUACUCUGAUGAAACCAAAUCUGCAAGUCCUAUACCAUUUAAAGAUGUUUUAACAGUACUUGAAACAACAUCAGGAGAAGUGGAUGAAGACAAUAAGGAGGGCGGUGGUACUGCCAAGACCCUGCAAGCAUCUCCUGAAAUUCCUAUGGCACUGAAGGAACAAGGUGGGUCUUCUGCCUCAUCCUGGCUCAGUUCUUCAGUGACAGAAUGGUUAGCCCUAGAAAAGGAGGAGGAACCUGGCAAUUUGGCUACAGGGGAGCAAACAGCUCUACAACAGAUGCAGGCAGAAAAUUCCUUCCCGUCUUCAGUGACCGGUUGGCUGGGGUUAAAAAAAGAAGAAAAAUCAGAGUCUGUCAAAGACGACAUAAACAGUGGACAGCAGGAAACAGGAACAGUGGAUUAUUUUACUUCAACAAUGACUGGAUGGCUUAGAUUCGGUAGCGAUAAAAUAGAAGACUCUUCCACAGCAAAGGAAUAUAAUGACAAAAAAGAAAUGGAAGGAGAAAACUUUAGGAGCAGAAAAAUGUAUCUGGACUUAGACACACCAAAAUUACAAGAAGGGGAUAAUAAAGAGAUGGGGACAUUGGAAUGGCUAGGAAAUGGACUGUCAAGCACACUGGCGUUUGGCCUGAAGAGCCAAGAUGCUGGAGACAAGAUACAAGUCAAUAGAGGAGAGCUAGAGGAUGAAGAGAAACAGCCAGGAUCUGGUUCUUGGUUUGAUUUGGGUAUUAGGGAAAUUUUAGCAUUCAGAAAAGAUAAUGAAGAUGACAUAACUAAAUCAGACACAGAGUUUGAUGACUUUGUGCAAGGAAAUGUUGAUGUUAACAUGAGAGAAACAUUUACUGAUAGCAAGACUACGGCAUUAGAUGGUUCACUUCAGGAUGAUCAAACAUAUAACCCUCCACAAAACAGGUUACAGGAUAUCUCCAUAGUGCCAAUAUUCACUGUUGUGAAACCUGAGUCUGCAGGACGGUUGGUGAGUGAGAUUAAGUAUUCUGAUGAGGAACAGGCGAGUUCGGAGGUUGGUGGAGUGAAGAGUGGUUUUGAGUCCUCCUUAGAAUCUGAGGGGGAUGCGAAACAGGGAGCAUUAUGCAAAGAGAAAGGUGAGGACGUAGAAGUGGACCGAGAUUUAGAAGGGACCCAAGAUGAGAAGGAAGUGUUAGCAAAAAAGAAUCAAGAUGACAAACAGGAAACGCAGGAGAACUUAGAUUUGACUAGUGACAACACUGCAGAAACUGAGACAAAUUGUGAGUUGAUGAAGAAAGAAGGAGAUAGUUCUCCAAAAUUCAGUUCAAACUACUGCAAAAAUACUCAAAUAAUAUGUGAUAAUCCACCAGAAGAGGAAAUAUGGAAAACACUCACUCAAAAUGUCAAAGAUGCACCAGUAUUUGCUUCUCAGGUGACAGACUUGUUCAAAGAAAGUGGCUUUAAGUCUUCUCCAUGGUCUGAAGUGGAAGAAUCCAAGGAAGAUGAGAAAAGCAAGGAAUUCAACAAAGAUGAAAAUCAGGAGAUGGAAGAGCGAGAGGAUGCUAAUGGAAAGCAAGAGAAGGUGCAGGACUUGGUCGAAAGAGGGGCGUUAGAAGAAUAUAGCUAUAAAGACAAGGAAAUGCUGGAUAAUUUAGAAGGAUUACAUGAGAAGAAGCAAGAGGAAAAGGAGGAGUUAGAAUAUGUCAAGGAGGAAGAGGGGGGAAAGAGGGAUAGGCAGGAGAAAGUAGUGUUAGAAGAGAUCAAGCAGGAAGAAGUGAAGAUGGCAGAGAAGUUUGAAGCUGAAGAAGAAGCAGAUGAAUACAUGGAGAAGUUUGAUGAGUUAAAGGAUGAUAAGUAUCAAGAGUCUGAAGACAUGGAGAAGCAGUCCCAGGUAAACAUUUUUCAGAAGAAAAAGAAUGAGGAAGAUGGCGAGUUAGUAGAGGAUUUGAAAGAGGCUGACAGUUUUUUACGGAUGGAGUUAGAACAAUCAAAGUGGACAGAGAUCAAAGAGAUGGCCAUACCGGAAGAUAUGGUCGAGAUAUAUGAUAAGUCUGAAGAAGUGAAGGUGUCGGUACAGAAUAAGGAAGAGAUGUUUGAAGAGUUCAAAGAAAGAGACAUAAGGGAGCACAAGGAGAAGAUCAAUAACAAAAAGUCUGAAGAAGUGACAGAGUUAUUGCAAAAUAAGGAAGAAAAGUUGGAAAAGUUCAAAAAAAUUGACAUACACGAGGUUGUAGAGGAGAUCAAUGGAAAUAAGUCUGAAGAAGUGAUGGAGUUGAUACAGAAGAAGGAGGAGAAGUUGGAGGAGUUAAAAGAAGAUGGGAGCAAGGACAUUUUAGAGGACUUAGAAGACGACAAGCGAAAUGAAGCAGAAGAGUUAUUUGAGGAGGAUUUAGUGAAUGUGAAGUGGGAAGAGUCAAAAGACAGGGAUGGACUAGAGGAUGUGGUUGAGUUGGAGAACAAUAAGUUGGAAGAAAUUAAGGUGUUUGUAAAGAAGACACAAGAAAAGGAUGGUCCAUUAGUAGAGAAGUUAGAAGACAACAAGGAGUUAGUAGAAAAGAGUAAAUUGGCAGAAUUAAAAGACGACAAGCGAAAUGAAGCAGAAGAGUUAUUUGAGGAGGAGUUAUUGAAUGUGAAGUGGGAAGAGUCAAUAGAGAGGGAUGGACAAGAGGAUGUGGUUGAGUUGGAGAACAAUAAGUUGGAAGAAAUCAAGACGUUUGUGGAGAAGACACAAGAAAAGGAUGGUCCAUUAGUAGAGAAGUUUGAAGACAACAAGGAGUUAGUAGAAAAGAGGAAAUUGGCAGAAUUAAAAGACAAACUGGAGGAGGGGGAAAGGUUGGCUGAGGAAAAGCAGGAGGAGGUAGGUGAGUUUAUGGAAGAAGAGUUUGAACAUGAGACGCAGGAAGAUCUGAACAGAAGUGAUGAGCAGGAUAAGAAUGAACAGUUACAAAAUAACAUGGAAGAAGAGAUUCGAGAAGUUCAAGAGAAGGGAUCAUGGCCAGAGUUAAUGCAUAUAAAGGACAAGGGACAGCAACCGUGGGUAGAAAAAAGUAAUAUGGACCUAAAGACGGCUGAAAACAAGCAGAGAGUUCAUGAUGUGGUGGAUAGAAGAAAUGUUAAAAAGGAAAUGGAGAGUCUUCGCUGUGUGGAUGAGCUUUGUACUCGGUCACAUCAAGAUGUAAACAAAGAAGAAAGAGAAAAAACCCACACUGAGGGUGGAUCGGGUUUGCUAUCUGACACACAGGAGAGUAUGUCCUUAGAGAACAUAGAGCAUGAUAAGAAUUGGAAGUUAUUUGAAGUCCUCACUGUUUUUAACGGUAAAAAUGAUGAUGGGAAAGGUGACACUGAACACACAGAAAAUGUUAUGCAAGAUUUAGAUGAGAAAGAUGACAGGGGUUCUCAGAAGAUUCCAGAUCUUCAGUAUUCAUUUGAGAUUAUUGAAAAAGCAGACAUGUGUAAUGGAAUGGAUGCAAAAUGUGACAGUAAAACCAACACCAAUGGAAAGCUAGCAGAACCAUUGCCCUCUAAAGUGCAGUUUGAUGAAAAUGAUCAAACGACAACAGAAAGUGAAGGAGUAUUUAGUCUUUUUAAAAACGUUGUUUUAUCAUUUGGGCAGAGGCCAAUCAGCAAAAUCAAAGAAUCGACAGAAUCUUUUAUUUCAGGGUUUGAUGGAAAAACAAUCCCUCAGACUCCUGAACGAGACUCAACAACAAACCAUCAGAAAGACAUUCAAAAAGAGCUUCAUCCGCCAACGCCAAUGCCAACAUUAUGUUCUCAUCUGACUUCUCCACCAGUAAAGCCCCACCAACCUGAUACCCUCCCUAAACACAACAAGAACAUACAAGAGCAUAUGAGCGUCAGGGAGAUUACUAUUUUGACUGACCUACUUGGGAAGAACAAAGUGCACUUUUUGGAUUACAUUCUUGACGGUGAGGAGUUUUUUUCUGAACAUGCUGACAGUGAUGACUCUAUACUGUUCGAUAUAGAGACACUUCUGAAUUACCACAAAGAAACACUGUUUCCCCCAAGCAUGAGACUCUCUGAUGCACCAGAGGAGAAUAAGGAAAAGACCAGAACAAUCACAGCACUUCAGAAGCUAGAAAUACUGCUGGAAAAAGUGCGUCAUGCUUUCAACAGCAGAAAAUCAGUGAAGAAAGCUCAAUCAAGCUGUGUCGGGGAAACUACAGAGGCGGAGUCUAGUCAAGCAAUGGGGUUGAUAGUGGAGGAAAAGAAGGAUGAUGGCUAUGAAAGAAGAGGUGAAACAGAAAGAGUGUCCCCAAAGGAAUACCGCACUCAGACUGGACCACCACAGUCACUGGAAGGGAUAAAGGAGCAGAUUCUGGAUUCUAUUCAUUUGGUUCAGCCAUCUUCUGAAGUUCAUGCAGUGAACAACUUCCUCAAAUGGUUUAAUGUGCAGGUUGUAUCAUCACUUCCUGAUGACAUCAGACCCGGACCUGACCUGUACGGGAUCCCAUGGGAGCCAGUUGUCAUUUCCAGUUUUCUGGGGCUGAUGGUACUGUUGCUGUUCAGUUGUAGAUGUUACAGCUCUGUCAAAAGCAGAAUGUAUCAACGUAAAGAGCAGUGGAUGGCUGUGCAGGUUGCACAACAGCUUGAAGAGAAGUGCAAAGUCCUUGAGACUCUCAGUAAAUGUGAACAAGAGUACGAGGAGCUGGAGAACUCUCUAAGGGACAGUGGUGUGUUGGCCCAAACCCAAAAGACAAGAGAUCUUGAGAUCAAAGCCCGACAGUUAAACGAUGCUAAAACUGAACAGGAAGAACAUCUUGAACAACUAAAAGAUCAGUUGUGUCAGAAAAGAGAUCACAGGCUAGAGCAGGAAAAAAAGAUAGCGUUCCUCGAGGAGAGCAUGAAAACAAUGGAGGAAGAAAUCAAGGAGCUUCAAUCACAGGAUGAACAGGCACAUAUGACACUUAAAGUGUACGGUAUGAGCAGUGACCGACUACAGAGGAACCUGGAAUCAGCCGGAGAAGAAAACGUACUGCUUCUCGAGAGCAACAGUCAGUUAAGGCAGCAGGUGGAGGGAUGGGCCGAACGAGUGAGUGAGCUGGAGCAGGAGAUGAGGAGGUGUGAAAUGGCCCACAGCGGAAUGCAACAGGAUGUGGCCAAUAAGGAUGAACGUAUUAUGUCUCUCACUGAUCGGCUGCUGGGAAUGAAAGCUUGGGAUGCUGAACUUGAAGGGACUCCAGGGAGAGACGAAGAGAAUGGAAAAACAGACUCUUCACAAGUCCAUCUCCAGAAAGUGCAGAAACUUAUUUACGCUGCUAAGUUAAAUGCAGACCUCAAAUCUGUAGAUGAAGACAAGGACAGAGUGUUUGCCAAACUGAAUGAUGAAGUAAAAGCUAAAGAAGAUUUAGAAGUGAGCAUUAAGGAAUUGGAGACUGAGCAAUUAUCUAUGCAAGCAGAUACAAAGCACUACUCUGACGAGGUUCAGCGACUGCAACAGAAACUCCAAAUUAUGACUGAAAUGUAUCAAGAGAAUGAGCUCAAACUACACAGGUUGCUCACAGUUGAGGAAAAGGAGCGCCUGCAGAAAGAGGAAAAAUUAAAUAAAGCAGACAAAAACAUUGCUUUGGCCAUGGAAGAACUCAACAACUAUAGGCUUCGUGCAGAGGAGAUGGAAGAAGAGCUGGAGAAAACCAAGCAGUCAUAUCAAACCCAGAUAUCAGCCCAUGAGAAGAAGGCCCACAAUAACUGGCUGGCAGCCCGAGCAGCAGAUAGAGAGCUAGCAGACUUCAAGAGAGAGAACGCCCUCUUCAGGCAGAAGAUUACAGACACACAGUUUAAGAUGGAAGCCCUCGACAAAGAUCCUUUUGCUUUGGACAGUCUGGCCAGGCCUUUACCUUUCCGAGCUGAAAGACUGCCAUAUGGUUCUUCUCCUCUUGGUCGACCUGCGUCUGAAAGCCGAGCUUUACUUUCUCCUCCAACACUUAUAGAAAGUUCUCUGGCCAGAUUGUCACCCAGAGUGCCCCGUUCUCUAGGAGAGCCCAGUGGCCAAGGAGAGCUGGAGCGGAGUGGAGGUCCACGCUCAGACAGUGGCUCUAUUUCUCCUUCAUGGGAAAGAGAUCGCAGGGGACCUCCACCUGGACCCCUACCGAUGCCCCCUGGGCAACUUCCACCUCAGGGCUAUAUGUUUCAUGAACCAGGUGGUCCCAUGUACAGGAGGCCUGGUCCACCCCCAGGAGUAAUGGGCCCGCUGCCACCUCCGGGUCCUCCUUUUCCCCAUCCAAGAGGUCUUCCGGCAUCUGGGCCCCUGGGACCCUUCCACCCUGCAGUCAUGACAGAUGGCACAUACAGAGAAAACAGCGUCAGACCUGAAUUGGAUCACAGAGAGCCUUUUGGGAGUGAUCGAAGAACUCCCCCUGAAUCAGAUCGGAGAAUGGAGGCGGCACCACCUCCUGGUCCACCAUUGGGUCCCAUAGAAUCUUCCUUUCCUCGAAGAUCCCCCUAUGGACCUCCCGAUUUUUACCCUCCCAGGGGACCUGGAGGACCUCCAAGAAUGCAGAUGUGGGCUCCUCCACCAGGGAUAAUGUUCCCUCCCCGUUUCCCUCAUGGUGGACUUCCUCCUCCUCCUCACCUGCUAUCUUACGGUCCUCCGAUGCGGCCUCCUCCACCAGAUGGCCCCUUCAUGGGUCCUUCCCCCUUGCAGCAGAACCUACCUGCUCCGCCACACAGCCAGUUGCCAGAUGAGCGCACAUCCUCUCCUUAGGGUGCCAUCUGAACUUGCUCAUACAAGCGACUUCAUCGCGAUUUAAUAACGAUGAAGGCUGUAGCGUCAAUGAUGAAUGUCAAUGGAAGGGAACCAAGUUAAUCAUCAUUGUCCUUGUUUAGUUUCAGUCUGUUCAUGGCUCAUCAGUUUCAUUUACUGAUAGAUACUGCAGUCUAAUUUAACUGAGAUGCCGACCUGAGAUUUAGGCUGGUUCUGCCAAAGUCAUUAGAGAAUGUUUAUUUUUGAAUGACAUCCAAUCCAGGAGGCUUGAGGUAGCGUACAUAGUGACACAUCUUUGGUUAUUCCAUUAUUUUGCUUUGAGAGCGGUGAUGUAGUUGAACAAAACACAUGUCUAAGUGAUGUGUGUAUUGGGCUUAAUUAACUCAAUGAAGGUACUAGAUAAAUCCAGAUUAAAAAAAAAAGAUCAACAUUUUUCAGGCUGAGUACAGUUGUUGCAUGGUUUUAAUUACCCACUCUUUUUUUUUUCAUGGUCUUAUUAUGUCAGACUAAAGUGAGUUCACUUAAGUAUCGCAGUGGUCUAAACAAAUAGUUUUUUAAAUGUACUUUAGAAACGGAAUUGUCUGUGAACUUACCAAGGCCAUAAGUUAUUUGUGAAUUUUUGUAUAUAUAUGUAUAUAUAUAUAUAUAUAUAUAGAUAUGAUAAAAAAAAAAAACAUUAAAUGAAUGCAUUUAAAAUGUA